GUUCCACCCUUCGCUUUCACCCCAUUCCGCUCAGAACUCACCGCCACUUCUCGAAUAUCGCAGGGAGUGCCAUCGCCGGCCGGCGACCAACCGAUCUCCAGUAUUCGAAGCAAGGCAUCGCCGGAAGCCGGAGGAUCGAAGUGAUUUUUGCGACGGCUCUUAGGUUUUCGCAUCUGCCUGAUCGGUGCUUUUGAUGGCUUCGGAGGAUGUGAAGACUGGCGAAUCCGCGGUUUCUACGAUUGUUAACCUGGCGGAGGAGGCCAAGCUCGCGAGAGAGGGCGUUAAGGCUCCUAGCUAUCCCUUCCUUAGCAUCGGCAAAUCGCUCGUCGCCGGUGGAAUUGCCGGUGGAGUGUCACGAAGUGCUGUUGCUCCUUUAGAGAGGUUAAAAAUACUACUACAGGUUCAAAAUCCUCAUAACAUUAAAUACAAUGGAACAAUUCAAGGCUUAAAAUACAUCUGGAGAACUGAAGGUUUCCGUGGACUCUUCAAAGGCAAUGGAACUAAUUGUGCCCGUAUUGUUCCUAACUCCGCAGUCAAGUUUUUCAGCUACGAGCAAGCUUCUCAGGGGAUAUUAUAUAUGUACAGGCAACGGACUGGCAAUGAAGAUGCUCAACUCACUCCUGUUUUACGUCUUGGAGCUGGAGCUUGUGCUGGAAUAAUCGCUAUGUCUGCAACAUAUCCAAUGGAUAUGGUACGGGGUAGACUAACUGUGCAGACAGAGAAGUCUCCUUACCAGUACAGAGGUAUGUUCCACGCACUUUCAACCGUGCUCCGGGAAGAAGGACCUCGUGCUUUGUACAAGGGGUGGCUUCCUUCUGUUAUUGGAGUUGUUCCGUAUGUGGGUCUGAAUUUCGCUGUUUACGAAUCCCUGAAGGAUUGGCUACUGAAGAAAAAUCCAUUUGGGAUGGUUGAGGAUUCGGAAUUAAGCGUGACAACGCGACUAGCAUGUGGGGCUGCUGCUGGCACUAUUGGCCAAACAGUUGCUUACCCUCUUGAUGUUAUUCGUCGAAGGAUGCAAAUGGUGGGCUGGAACAAUGCUGCUUCUGUUAUCACUGGUGAAGGGAGGAGCAAGGCGCCUCUUGAAUAUACGGGCAUGAUCGAUGCAUUUAGAAAAACCGUGAGAAAUGAGGGCUUCGGAGCUUUGUACAAGGGUUUAAUACCCAAUUCUGUAAAGGUUGUUCCAUCUAUUGCAAUUGCGUUUGUGACAUACGAGAUGGUGAAAGACGUGUUAGGAGUCGAGAUCAGGAUAUCGGAUUGAGACAUACGACGAAACUCAUAAUAUUUUUUGCACAAGGCAAAAGGCAGAGGAUUGAGAGAGAAGUGAUAAACUGAGGGUGGAGUGGGGAGUGGGUUGUUCCUUAGUUUUAUUUCUUUGAAGAGUAGAAAUUAGUUUUUGUUUUACCUAUCCUUCUUCUAAUCUUGUAAAAUGCCGUUAGCUUGAAACUUAUAUUUAGAUUCUGUGACAAAUAAAAUGCAUAACAUGAAUUUAACGCCAUUUCUGCAAUGUUGUAUGAA